UCGUAAAACAAAUUAGCCGGAUUCCACGUCCAAUGGGGGACAGCGCUGAUGAUACCGAUGGGUUGAGCCUAUUUGAUAUCGUCUGGGAGGAUGUGCUGUACGUAAAAUUGUUCCCGUUGUUGUCGCUGAAGGACCUGUUCAGCUUACGAUGUUGUUCCCGCUUGGCCAAAACGUUCGUCGAUAAUGGUUUUCGGCGUGUUCAAGAGAUCAAUCUUUCGGGUAACAAUUCCGCCAAUGUAGGCCUUGCAUUUGAGGUGCUGUCGGCGAAUUGUCGAAACGUGCGUGUGAUCAAUGUGGCGCGAUGUAACUGGUUGCAGGACAAAAUGCUUUGUCCGCUUCUACAACACAAUCGUAGAUUGAGUAAGAUUAAUCUUAGCAAUUGUCUCAACAUUACGCCUCGUGCGAUGCAACCUGUUAUUGUUGGGUGUAAACAGCUGACCACGCUGAAACUGUCUCAUUGCCACUGGAUGACGAUAGGAGCGAUGGAGGCCCUCACGCUACACCAUACCAAAAUUCAAGAGCUGGACAUAUCGCAUUGUGCCGCCCUGAACGAGCGUUGCAUCUCUGUAUUUCUGUUGAAUUGUCGUUUGCUAAAGACGCUCUCCCUGUCGAAUGUUCCCGCUGUGACAGAUAACUUGCUUUUUGCCAUUGCUAAGCAUUCCAAAUUUAUCAAAAACUUAAAUCUAGUCGGCUGCUACACUGUAACGGAUCGUGGCAUAGGAGCGCUUGCCUUAUGCUGCAAAGAGCUGGAAUCGCUGAUGGUCCGCGAAUGUCCACACGUGACAGAACGAAGUCUCGAGCUGCUGCGAGGUCGUGUUUUUAUCGACCGUCCUCGAGUUUAUCAACCGGAUAUGAACAUGGUUCCGAACAUGGCCUUUCCCCGAUUAUUUUUGCAGGUGUGAGACAAACUCGUACCAGUGAAUUGGACGUAUAGCGUUCACAAGCUAAUGCUGUCAUGCAAACAGGUGCAGCAAACGUAGCUAACCAUUUGAUGUGCUUGAAACUUUAAGCAAAUUUGGUCACCAUUGUAAAUAGUGAUAUUGUAGGUAAUUUUUGUAUAUGUAUACACAGGUUCUUACAGUUUCAAAUUGAAUAUAUGUUAUUUAUUGAUUUCGUCUAUUUGCUAAAACGAAAACAGUUAUCCUUUCAUUGUCUUUGACCUUUCUUUUCCUGAUUUGGGCUUCGUAGAACGCAUCUCCUUUGCUUUCGAAAAUUUCUUGCGAAGCAUUUGUUUUUC